CUUUUGAUUUCGCUUUCGUUGAAUUUGAGUUGAUCAAGUUUGGAUUUUUGCUUUUGGGGUUUCGCUAAAUAUCUUCUCAGACCAGUUUGUGUGGUCCAAAUUAUCUUUUUGUGGAUCUUUGCUUCUCCGCAGAAAAAAAAUAAUACAAGAAUUGAAACUUUUGUCAAGUUUGGUAAUAAUUUUCAGGUUCCAUCGUCAUUUCUUAUGUCUUUUUUAACCAGAGAUCGAGGUGUUUCUGACAUCAUAGAAGACUGUUCUGUCUGUGUGCUUUCCUGGCCAAGAAGUGCUUUAGUGUUAUCGACUUUUAGAAGAGAUGCAUCUGUGGCCAUCAUUAAAACUUCGAAACUCAUUCAAGAGUACUAGCCAGAAGAGAUUCCAAAGGAUGAACAGUGGGAAACAAAGCCAAAGCAAUCAGCAGAAACUGCUUGAAGGCGACAAAGAACCAGGCAGCCCUGAGAUUUCAUCUGGUGGUGUGUUUGCUCUUGUUUGCAAAGAUGUUGCCAUGGUUCUUUCUUGCUGCUACUGCUGUUUCUGCUGUGGAGCUUGCAUUGAUGGUGAAGAGAUUUGAUGCAAGAUCCUGGUGGAGUAGUAGUAAGUGAAAUAGCCUUAGAAAACACCAAUGCCUUAAUUAGUAAUAUAGUUUUAUCAAAAAAAAAUUAGUAAUAUAGUUUUAUAUUAAGCUAUUAACGUCUGUAUUCUAUUUCUACCUUUCUCUGUACAAUCAAAUUUAUAUAGUGUUUGAUUAGAAUACACUAUAUUGCUCUCUUAA